ACAAGGGAAAGAAAGGCAAGGAAGAAUUUCAAGAAACAGUGGAAGGAGGGAGGGAGGGAGAAAGAAAAGAGAAAUAAUUAACAGCAUCAUCAACAACGAAACGAAACGAAACGAAACUCCUCUCAACUACUGCAUUGUUUCUUCAAAUGGUGGCAAGAGUUUGCAGUGGAAGACAUUGUUGAUUUGAGAGAUGGCGAGUUACGAGGCUAUUAAAAACUUUGAUGAUGAUGAUGUGGAGAUGGCGCUUCCUCAUAACCAGAUCUCUGAAUCAAGAUCUGCCACUGUUAAUCGAGAAGCCAUUAACAACAUUGAGGAGCAACGUUCAUCCUCGUCCAGACACCAACAACCUCAGAACAAACCUCAGCGUCUUGUUUCGCUCGAUGUUUUUCGUGGUCUCACCGUAGCGCUGAUGAUACUGGUUGAUGAUGCUGGCGGACUCCUUCCAGCGCUCAAUCAUUCCCCAUGGAAUGGUUUAACACUAGCUGAUUAUGUCAUGCCAUUUUUCCUUUUUAUUGUUGGUCUUUCGCUUGCACUCACUUACAAGAAACUGUCUUGCAAAGUAGUUGCAUCUAAGAAAGCAUCUUUACGGGCUCUCAAGCUUCUCGCAUUAGGCCUUUUUCUUCAAGGAGGUUAUAUCCAUCGCGUGAACGAUCUGACAUAUGGAGUGGAUAUGAAACAGAUACGAUGGAUGGGAAUACUUCAGAGAAUUGCGAUAGCAUAUUUGCUUGCAGCACUAUGUGAAAUAUGGCUCAAGAGGGAUGAUGAAUCUGUUAAUUCAGGACCAUCCCUAUUAAGGAAAUAUCGAUACCAGUGGGCUGUGGCUUUGAUUAUUUCUUUCCUUUAUAUUUGCUUCCUAUAUGGAUUAUACGUUCCUGAUUGGGAGUAUCAAAUAUCAACAGAGCCUUCUUCAGUGCCUAAGACAUUUUCAGUUAAAUGUGGAGUAAGGGGUGACACUGGACCAGCCUGCAAUGCUGUUGGGAUGAUUGAUCGUACAAUAUUGGGUAUACAACACUUGUAUAGGAGACCGAUAUAUGCAAGGAUGCCUGAAUGCAGUAUUAAUUCUCCUGACUAUGGACCAUUACCUCCUGAUGCUCCUGCUUGGUGUCAAGCACCUUUUGAUCCUGAAGGAAUUCUAAGUUCAGUGAUGGCUAUUGUUACCUGCUUGAUUGGCUUGCAUUACGGACAUAUUAUUGUGCAUUUUAAGGACCACAGAGUGAGAAUCAUAUACUGGAUGAUCCCAACAUCUUGUCUUGUAGUUUUUGGCCUUGUGUUGGACUUAUUUGGAAUGCAUAUAAAUAAGGUGCUCUAUUCCUUCAGUUACAUGUGUGUCACUGCUGGUGCUGCGGGCAUCCUCUUUGUCGGAAUAUAUGUCAUGGUUGAUGUAUGGGGAUAUAGACGCAUGACUAUAGUUAUGGAAUGGAUGGGGAUGCAUGCAUUAAUGAUUUAUAUCCUUGCAGCUUGCAAUGUUUUCCCAAUCUUCCUCCAAGGAUUUUACUGGGGAAGUCCUCACAAUAACAUUCUCAAGUUAAUUGGAGUUGGUACUUGAAGAGAGGCACAUAGAUAUUCUGUUGGAUAAAGAUUAUAUACAGUAAGAACAGUGAUACCCGUUCUGUUCCACUGUGUCUGAAAGUAACAGCUACCAUGCGGUGUUGGUUGGUUUAUAACCAAAGUUUUGGAGCUAGUCUUUUGUUGAAGAACGUGUGAAUCAUGUUCCUCUAAUCCUAUGAUGGUGUCACCUGCAUGGAUGUUGAUGGAUAUAAUAUCUUAGAGAAGCUACAUUGGCAUAACCUUUCUAUAUAUAGAGAGCAGCUUUUGUUUAUAGUUCCACUGCGAUAUCAUGUGUAAUUUGUUUCCUUGAAAUUAUAUAUUUCAAGCACAACAUUUGACACAUUAUUGAUGUACAAUUUAGUUUUAUAUUUAUCAGCACUGUUAUCUAGCCAACUUUCUUUAA